AUGAGAGAAGCUACUGUAGCUCCGAUAAAGAAGAAAAUAGAAGAUGUUGAAGUGGAUGAGCCAGAUGUUCGCUUGACCGAUUGGAGAGCAGUAUGUAUAGCUGGGCUUUUAACAUUCCUUUCUUCUUUAGAAGGAACUGUAGUUGGUAUGUCUGAAUGGCCUUACAUGCACACUAUUGAUCCCGAAGCGACAUCUCAGUUUUUCGGAGCUGUUACAUCAUUCUCAAAAGCUGGUCAUGCCAUAUUUGCUCUGAUAUUUUCUUAUUGGAGUUAUAAAUCGCAGCAAAUAAGAUGGCCACUAGUCGCUGGUCGAGUGAUAGCUUUUAUAGCUUGUUGUAUUUACCUAUGCGUAGAAUUCUUACCAACUGGCCGAAGAUAUUUGAUGAUGCUCUGUUAUUUUCUUUUUGGUGUUGCCGGAAGUUCAACAUGUAUUCUGAGAUUUUAUCUCGUAUCUGUCAGUUCUCAUGCUGAUCGUGCUCGAGCUUUCUCUGCGAUUGUAAUGGCGAACAUGCUCUCAAUUAUCAUCGGACCAAUGGUUCAAUUGUCCUUCUCGGGGAUCAAAUACCCUGGAGUAGCUUUCUUCUCAGAGCAUAUUCGCUUCCACAUCUACUCAGCUCCAAUAUGGAUCGCGUCACUGACGAACUUCGUUUCCGUCGCUAUCAUAUUUGCUUCUCUCAAAGAAUUGGAGAAGAAACAAAAAACUAAAAAGCCAUCCGUCUUUACACUUCAAGGCUUUAAGGAUCGUCUUCAAAAAUUGAUGGCCAUCGACUUACAUUGGUCACUCAUUUCUGUAUGUUGGUUGAUGAAGAUCAUUGCUCAGUUAGCGAUAGUUACUUUAUCAACAACUGCUGCUCCAUUGAUGAUGGCAUCAUUCGGGUGGGACGGUUCAAUGACAGUUCAAAUAAUGGCAGUAUCCAUGGGAACUGUAGGCCUACUUUCUAUCGGAUUGGCUGUUGCUUGGAUGGUGGGAGGAUUAGGCAAACUAAUAUCCCCGAGAGUUGCGUUUUUGAUUUCUCUCCUAAUAUCCGUCGCAUUGUAUGUGUUAUCCUAUCCAUAUCCACAAAUAGGACAUUCCAUGCCUCAAUAUAACGAAACUACACGAUCUGGAUGUAAUCCAGCUGAGUACAGCUGGUGUGAUACCGAAAUGUCAACAACUCCCUUCAUAUUUAUGCCUGUCGUCAUAGUAGUUAUGGGAAUCGGAUUACCUUUAGCAUCUAUUUCUUUGGACACAAUAUAUUCGAAAGUUCUUGGGAACAUUGACCAGAGCUUAAUGCAAGGUGCGAUUAUUGUGGCUGAGGAUUUGAUCCUGAUCGUUGGUCCUAUAUAUUCAGCUUCUAUUUUUACCGCAUACGGGCAAGAUAAGCUAUGGCUUAUUAACGCUGUCAUCACAGCCGCAGGAACAGUCUUAUGGUUAACAGUCUUCAAAAGAGUCAAAGCAUAUAGUUAA